AACUCCUUCUGCAAGAACAACACCAAUUUCCACUCCAACAACCUUCAACCAACCAACAAUCAAUAUGUCAGACCUCGGACGCAAGGGCCUCGGUGACCAAGCUAAGGAGAAGGUCACUCCAGACUCGCAGAAAUCCACUCUCGACCAAGCCAAGGAGAGCGCUACUGGUGUCUACGACCGCGCUGCUGGCGCCGUCCAACCUGAGGGGAACAAAUCUGCCACCCAGAAGGUCGGCGACGCCACCCGCUCUGGCGGGGAUGAUGCCUCCGCCCAGGGCAAGGGCAUGCUUGGACAGGCCCAGGAGACUCUCGGCAACGCCGCCCAGUCCGUCUCCGAUACUUUCUCUGGUGCUACCAAGAAAUAGACGAUUGUACUCGAUCACGGGUGGUAAAACUGUUUCGAUACUUCGAUUUGACUUCGACCUCGUCAUGCUUGGUAUGGACUCUUGAAAGAUUCGAUUAGGCGGCGACACCUGUAUCACUAUACCCCUUAGCUUCACGAAUGAACGACAUUCUGAACUGAAA